CUUUAUCCUGCUGCCCCCUCCUUCCUGGGAUUGGGGAGGGGGAAAGCCGCAGGAGAAUCCCCCGCAGCUGGCGUCUGCCUUUUGCUGUAGGAAGUGACCGCCGUCGAAACCGAGGUAAGGGCUGUGGUGCGGCCCACAACGGACCUCACGCGGGCGGGUAACAGGCUGAGACACCUGUCUUCUGGAGACUUCUGUUGCCCCACCGAUGACUAGGGAUACGGAUCCCCAACUUCUGUCCCCUCCUAGACGACCUUGACCUGCAGCGAGGACGUCAGUCCUCAAAGUCCCAACCGGUGCCCCCACGAACUCUAGAACGACGUUUUCUGCAGCCGCCCCUCCUCUCCAGACCCCCACUCUUCUCCCUUCCGCGCCUGGCGCCUCGCAGGUCACUGCCGCUCUCCAGCCUCUGCCCCUCGCUGUGACUGCCCCAGGCUGCCGUCUCCAUGGCGCCGGACUCACGCGGGAAGCCGGCCAGGCCAGCGACGCAGUGACUGUGCCAUCUGGGGUGAGUUACUGUUUGCAGAACCCAGGUGGAAUCUAACACUAUAAAACAAUGCCAAGAGAAAAGGAAGGAAAACGAAAAAGUAAAGGAGCACCGCUGCCAAUCGUUCCAAUUCUUAAUAAGUUCCUGCAAACGUAUGAGAAGCACUGUGCCCAGACUCAGACGUCCGUGUGUCCAGCCAUCAAAAUGGACUUGAAAACCAGCAUCAACAAUGAACAGAUUCUCAGGAAGUUUAUACUUGUAAGACCUGAAGACUCCCUGCCAAGCAUCUUACCAAUUUCCUUGGAACCUCUGCUCAUGACGAUUCGAGAUGAGUGUUACACGCUGGUGAAACAGAUCUGCAUCUGGGGCCUUCAGCUGAGCAACCCAGAAGUUGCCAGACUAGCUCUGCUUCUGGAAUUGAAGGGACAUACCACCUGCCCACUGACCACCCUAGAACUCAUUGAUUGCAAGAUGGAUCUGUGGUCUCUAGGGAGACUUGGGCAGGCUCUCCAGUUGAGCAGCUUGCAUUCCCUUGUCCUCGAUUACUGCAGAUUUGAAAAUGAAGAAAUGGAGAAUAUUUUCGCAGGCCUGGAGAACAACCAAAGGCUUCAGGACCUCAGUCUGCGCUACUGUGGUCUGGGACCGCAGAGCGGGCUGAGGCUGGGCUCAGUCAUAUGCCAGAGUGCCAUUCGUGAGCUGCACCUUGAUGGCAAUUACUUGGAAUGUUCUGGAGCUCUGGCCCUCCUCAGACCUAUAGCAGAGUACGCAGAGAUACAGGGGAAAGACCAACCAGCCACCACCUCACCGGACUCCAGGAAUCCCCCUCAGCCACUCCAAGCCAGACAGAGAGGAAGUUCAACUUUGAACCAGAUGACAAAGUCUUCUGGAGCUGUAACAGUGAAAACUACUUUAGGGAAAAAGAAGAGAAAAAAAGGAGUCAAGAGAAAAAUUAAGGGUUUGACAGAAGCGGGUCCUUGGUUAGUGAAAUUGUAUUUGGCAGAUAAUGGCAUAGAUGGAAAAGGAAAAGAAGGAGAAAAUGGUUUGUUGGAAUUCAUUCAAAUUUUAACAUGCCUGAUCAAGUACUCUGCCCACUUAAGGGAAAUUGACCUUGGAAAUAAUGUCCUGGGAGAAAUGGCUGCUGAUAACAUACUUGAAGCACUGAGAGCCAGGAAGACAGGUAACCGCCCAGUCUUAAAAAUUACAGUCACUCCUCAGAUCUCCUCAGACACCUUCAGAUCUAUUUGGAAAAAUAGCAAGAAAUCUAAUGUUACUCAUAAAAAGAAGAAAAAGGCUAAAACCUGAGUAUGGAUGUUAUCUAUUUCCAUGGCCAGACAUGCCUAGGAAGAUAUUGCUUGUUCUAUAAUAAAAUUUUUCACUAUAACCAGGCCCCUUUCAAGUUCUAAAUUUUAACAAGACUAUUUUAUGAAACUUCCAAGUAGUGUUAAUCCUAUAUCAUGCUUGUCAUUCUCUAAAAUGUGGGUUUCACAAGUAAGCCUUAGUAAAAAUAAGUGGAAUUCCUCUUGGGGGCUCCUUCUCUUGUGCAUAUGAAAUUUAUAAUUUGAAGAAAGUCAUGAUCUUUAUCUAAGAAAGAAAGAAAGAAUCUGCUUUCAUAAAUACAUCUAUAGUUGGGAACAAUAGGAAUGUUUGGAAAUAAUAACCACUUUCUAAAAGACAACAUCCCCCAAAAUGGCGAUCUUACCCAAAUGAGGAAACUUCUAAUCAUUUUACCUCGAAUGAAGAUGUCAGAAAGCUCCAUGGGAAAUGUAAGAGGUGUUGUUGAUCAGUGUAUGGAUUAUAAAUUGGAUUAGUUGCAUUGUAUGUGCUGUGACAAUAUGGUGCAUAGGAAAGUAUGGGCCAGGAAUUAGAUAAGUCAGAAUUCUCUGUGGAAACAUGCUGCUUUCCAUGUGUCUGACCUUGAGCAAGUCAGAUAACCUCACUGUGCCUCAGUUUCUCCUUAUGUAAGAUACAGAUAAGAAUAGCACCUUUCUCAUUUGGUGAGCAUUGAAUGAGGUGACACAGGUCAAGCUUUCUAGGACAAUACCUAUUUCAUAGUACAUGCUUAAAAAUAAAUGUUAGUGGCUACUAUUAUAGCUGUUAUUAUUGAUGUUAAAGUUGAGUGAUUCCAGUUAUUUCACUUAGAACAGCUGAACAGGGAAAAUACAAAAGAAAAGAAAAAAGACUUAAGACCUUUUUAUUAUGUUAAAAAAAAAACCCUGUCAUUUAUUCUAUGUACAAAUUCUGGCAGGUUCGUGGAACCAAACUCCCUAGAAGUGGGGAUGGGUAUAGUAAAUUAUGUCCACUUCUGAGGAUCUUAACAUCUAGUUAGCAAGCCAAGAUCCUCAUACAUUAAAAGUAAACAACAAUAGAGCUUAAGAGUUAAAAUAAUAUACCGUAUUUUGCCGUGUAUAAUGUGCUCCCAUGUAUAACAUGCAACUACAUUUUUGGCCCAAAGUAUCAGGGGGGAAAAUCUUUCAUUUUAAUUUUUUAAUUCAAAUUUUUAUCUGUUUACAUUUAGG